CUCAACCACCAACCCCUUUCACGUCCAUCAGCAUGCCGCUCAUUGUCUUGACUGGUUACCCGUGUUCCGGGCUCAGCUACCGCGCGCGCCAACUCGCGGACCAGCUCGAAGCCGCCCAAACCGAUCUCUUCACCGCAGGCAUUCUCCCUCCCUCAAAGCCUCGCUACAACAUCCAUGUCGUCCCUACCCACGAUCCCUCCCACCCGAGAACGGUGUACGACCAUGCGCGCACAGAGAAGGAGUCGCGCGGCGUCGCAUACGCCCGCGCGAAGCGCUUUCUCGGGACAAACAGCUUCGUGAUCCUCGAUGGAAUGAACUACAUCAAGGGUUAUCGGUACCAGCUUUGGUGCGAAGCAAAGGCACUCGGAACAACAUGCUGUGUGGUCCACGUCGGCACACCUAUUGACCAAUGCCCCAGCAUCCACAGCCGCUGGGACAAACCCCUCUUCACGGUUCCUUGGAGCGACGCCUCCCCCCCAAUCGCCGAGAUCUGGACCGCCCUAACAGGCAUCCCGCACCCCUCCACCCUCAACCUCUCCCCAACCCCCGCUGCGGAGCAAGAAAAACCCACCGCACUCUCCUCCCUCGUCACCUCUCUCUCAUCCACGCACCUCUCCCCCUCCUCUGCAGCAAGCACCACCACCACCGCAGCCCCCUCCUCCCUCCGCUCCAACCGCCCCAAAAUCAGACCCCACCAAGCAACCGCCAUGCCCGCCGCCACCGACUCCUCCGCCCUCUACAGCAUGGAGAAGCGCACCUCCGCCAUCGUCACCGCAAUCCGGGGCUUCACGCUCACCAACCCGUCCGCUGAAGCUGCGCUCGCGCAGAGCGAUGACGGCCGGGGCCUCACCAUCCCCGUGCCCGAGGCCUCGAUCCCGGUUUUCAUCCCCGCGCAUGUUGCUACCGCCGGCUCGACAGAUGAGUUGGCUGCCGCGGGAGGCAUACUCGCUCUCCCGCGGUUGCAGCGUCUACGUAGGCAGUGGAUCGCCUUGAAUCGCGCGUAUGUCAUGGGGACGCAUGCGGCGAGUAAGGGCGGAGGCUUGAGUCCGGAGCAGGUGCCUGAUGCGUUUGUGAGGUUUUUGAAUGCUGAGUUUGGGGCGGAGGAGGAGGUGUAAGCAUACAGGGUAGAUGAAUACUAGAUUGUGGGUUUGUGUUACGUUACUGUUGUG